GUCCAUCUCUUGAAGGUGCAGGUCAAGUUCGAAUGUGAGUUGAAUUUGAUUAAGGUCAAAGGUCAAUGAACUUUCCAUGACUGGCACUGUGCUGUGUUGUACACACAAUAACUUUCUAUAGCUUCGAGGUGGGAUCGCCAAACUCGUAACAGAGGUCCAUCUAAGUCAUAUAGCAUACAUGUAGUUUUGACAUGCAGUCUCUUCAUGACUGCAAUAUGCAGGUGAGACAACGCUUGGCGUUUGCCUUGUUUAUUAUGGGUUUUAUACUUUUAUUCUACAGACUAACUGUUGCUUUCUUUGCAUUGUCUGGUUUGGAUGUUCUUAAUGCUCUGGAUGUGAUUGAGAAAGAGAAAGAGCAAACCAUCAACUGGAUAUACUCCCUUCAAGUAUUGCCAGAUCCUGACAAUACAGAUGAGUCAUUAUCAAGAUGUGGUUUCAGAGGAUCCUCCACCAUUGGCUUGUCUUUUAAUCCAUCUGAGAAAGACACUGCCACCUUCCAUCCCUAUGAUUGGGGCCACGUAGCGAUGACAUAUACGGGCUUGGCGUCACUACUUAUCCUAGGGGAUGAUCUGUCUCGGGUUAACAUGCCGGCCAUCGUUGCAGGUCUCAAGGCUCUUCAGCUUGACGAUGGAAGUUUUUCAGCUCUAGAGAACGGGAGUGAGAAUGACAUGCGAUUUGUAUAUUGUGCCUGUUGCAUCAGUUAUAUGCUGCAAGACUGGAGUGGAAUCAACAAAGAAAAAGCUGUUCAGUUCAUUAGAAAUUCACUGACUCAUGAUUUUGGUAUAGGGCAAGGUCCAGGGCAAGAAUGUCAUGGUGGUACAACGUUUUGUGGGAUAGCUUCACUGGUGCUGAUGGAUCAGCUAGAACAUGCCUUCACAGAGAAACAGAUAGAUAGAAUCAAGAGAUGGUGUCUAUUCAGGCAACAGACUGGCUUCAAUGGUCGUCCAAACAAGAAGACAGAUACCUGCUAUUCCUUCUGGGUUGGAUCAACACUCAAGCUUUUAGAGAUUUUUGACAUGGUAGACUUCAGAUGGAAUAGGAACUACAUCUUAUCCACUGAGGACACCAGCAUGGGAGGCUUCUCCAAGUGGCCCGACUUCCACCCCGACGCCCUACAUGCUUACCUUGGACUAUGUGGUUUAUCUAUGAUGGGAGAGGAGGGCUUGGCUCCAAUACACCCGGCUCUCAACAUCACUCAAAGGGCCGCAGACCAUCUACACAGUGUGCACACUAAAUGGAGGAACAGCUCUGAUUCGUGAUGAUUUAUCCACCCUCACACAGGAUAUGAUUUGUUAUUGAAUUUAUCAAGUGAUAACUGACACUGCGUCGUUGCAACAUGUUUUAUUACUGAACAGCUCCUCUACAUUGAAAAGAUCGAUAAUGUCAACUGACAUCCUGGGGAGCGUUUCAUCAACAUUUUCGUCUGACAAGUUGUCAGAUCUGACAACUUUCCUUGAUUCUGAUUGGCUGACAAGCACUGCAACUAUGGUAACUGUCUGAUAAAAUGGGACUUGUCGGAUAAAACGUCCGACAUGUCCUUUCAUGAAACACUCCCCAGAUGAAGGAGAGGCUAGAAGGGGCCAGAAGUGUAUGGGAGGAGCCAGAUGGUGUAGGAGGAGUCAGAGGGUGUAGGAGGGGCCAGAGUGUGUAUGUGGGGCUAGGGAGGCUAGUAACCUUUAGUAUGCAUGCCCUUCCGGUUCUGGGGCCCGUUGCAGAAAGAGUUGCAAUCAAUCGCAACUCUAAAUAUCAUGCGCAACUUGAUUUUCAACCAAUCAACAGCGCGCAUUUGGGACUUGCGAUCGAUUUUUUGACUUGCGUUUAAACGCAACUCUUUCUGCAACGGACCCCUGGUCAUAUAAAGCUCUUUUUGGUGAGCAAUUAUUAAGAAACACAGGGUAACAAAGAAACUUCUUGUGGGUUGUACUUUGUUAAACAACAUUAUGUACACUCAAUCAAACUACAGAACUGUAAUUUUGAUGAGAUUUUAAAAAAAGGUACUAUUUAUGUUUCAUUUGAGUUCUAAGAAUGGUUCAAUCUACUCUUUGGUUGGAUGUAGAAUGCAACUCAUUCCUAGGUUGCAGACAAGGUACAUUUAAUUACUAGUGCUAAUUACUAGGGGACAAUAUAAAAAAAGAUUAAGCUGUAUCACAUUAAUAUUGAUAGAGCCUUUGUGGUAAAACCAACACUAAUGAAAGGGAGAAAAUCUCUUUUUAAUCGAUUUUCCACUACGUAUAAACAUUUUUUUUAUAUUGGGCUUUCUGCAUGCAAAAUGAAAUAAGUAAUUAGUAGGCCUACAUUUGUAUUAAAAAAAGAAGAUAUAUACCUUUAUAAAAUAAGUGCAUGUAGUUUAGUAGAUUAUAUGAACAAAUAAUUUUAUCACAUGUUCAUCAUUUUGUUGUAAAGUGUCAGUAGCAUAUGUUGUUUGAUGCAAUAAAUUAUAUUUUUGCUGAAUGCAUAAUGUGAUCAUUUUUGUGAGUUACAAACAAAUAUAUUAUGCAAUUUAUAUUUUGUAUUUAUUAUCAAGAUGAUAUGUUUUGGACAUUCCUAAAGGCUUGGUCCCACUGCACUUACGGAUGCAGUGAGGAUGUAAAACAGAAAAGAUUCUUGCCAUCUGUUGGAAAACGUUAUGUAUCCGUUGUGUAAUCUUUGCAUGUACAUGUUUCAUACGCUCAAUAGUCUACAUCCAUCGAGCAUCCAUCCACUGUGAUUUCAUUGUUCGCCCAUUUUGUCCAUUGUCUGGAGUGGAUGAAAGCAGAUGAAUACAUUUUGUGUCCGUCGGCCAGUGGGGCCAGGCCUUAAAUCGUAAGCUCAUGAUUAUCAAGGGAUCAAUAUUUUUUGCCAUUAAUACCACCCUGAUAUUAUUCUCAACAUGACGGCCAGUAUGUUUACUUGAUAUGGUUAUAUCACUUUCCAAGUUCUAUUAUAUUUCCUCUUUGUUUACAAAUUUAUCUGUUAGAAGAUUAAGAAAUUGCCAGUUUUCCGAAUAUGUGAUACUGGAUGGGUAUCUAAAGGUGCAUUAUAUUGAAUUUGAAGUUGCCCCCCCCCCCCCUUCCUAAUUACAUGUUUGCUGAAAAGAACGCACUUUUCAUCUUGUAAAGGUUUGAAAACGGAUCAUUUUGUGCUCUAAAUACAACACACUCAUUGCCAUAUACUUUUGGGGUGUUGCAAAAUAACUUGCAAUCGAUUGCAAGUCAUAUUUGGGUCCCAAAAUCAAUCAUACCGUUGGCGUUCAUCCGAACCGUCGUAUCAGUCAAUUUUGGACCCCAAAAAAUAUGAUUUUGAGAUUUUUGCAGAAAAUGAAAGGACAAGUCCUUUUCUAUAUAGAACUAAAUUUCUAUGCAGCAAUUUAUUCAAGUUUUUGAGAUAUCGGGAUUUUCACGGCGAUACCAUACAAUUUUUUAUAAAAUGCGCAAAUCCCAUUGGAAACGUGUACUGUAACAGGGUGAUACGAUGUUUUGACUGACCGCGAUUUCAAUGCGCACGGUCAGCCAAACCUUCGUAUCGGCGCUGGGCACUGCAUUGACUUUGCACGUGAAAUAAGGAUACCAAUGUCAAGCAAUUGUCUUGGUCUUUCCAAUCAUGUAUUUUUCUAGCAAGGAAUAUGUUGUAAGGGUGGGGAACUAAGUGUGAAAAUUAUGGUUAACUCUGAAGUCGAUUUUCUGUGAAAUGGAUUGCAGCGUCGUACGUGUGAUACAACGGUUCAAAUGACCGCUGACGAUAUGUCUUUCAGUAAAUCAUAAAAUGUUAGUUGAUUGCUCAUCUGUUUCUUACAACAGGGAGUGUUAAAUGAUUUUCUACAGCUGAAAUCUAUCAUUUCUAAAAUUGCAUUAGAAAUUUGCAUUUGAUUGGAACUAUUUUUUGCAGCACUCCCUCAGAGGGUAGCUCUCAUAUAAAUAUCAACUUACAUUUGCUUCCUAUACAUGCAUUAAUCAAGGCCUGAUUUAAAAAAAAAGGAUUCUACAGUAAUUGAAGAUUUCAUCAUUCUUUUUGCUGUGAUUAUGUACAUGUAUAUCUAACCCUCAUUUGUCUCAAAUCUGACUUCACCUGGGUUGCGUAACACAAAGGUUAGAGAUUGAUCGUACGCUUGAUUUUCAUGAUUGAACGUACAUCGUAGUCAAUGCAAUCAAUCGUUGAAAAAUGUUGUACGAUGAUUGCUAAGCUUUGUGUUAUGGGCCCCCGGUUUGAUGUGAAAGCCGAUGUAUUAUGCCUAGCAGUUUGGAAACUGAAUCCCAGGUAGUGGUGAAAGUGUGCUGGCAUGCCAGGAUUUGAUUACUCGGAUAAUAUGUCUGUAAAAACGUUUUGAUAUACUCAUUGCUAUACAAAUGCAGAUAUCAUGAACUGCUGUGGUCAUGAAACAAUCCACAUUCACAUAGUUCAUAUAGCAAUUAGCAUGUCUGAUACCAUUGAUAUGAAUGAUCAUUUAUUCCAUUCUCAUUAAAAAAUAUUCAUGCAGUUAUUGCAAACGAUAUAAAUAUAGAAAACAGAAACAGUGCAUUUCUUGGAAGGUUCCACAUAUAUGGGGCUGGGCGUGCUGUGUACCUGCACUGUUGAAUUGCCAAUAUGUUGAUAUAAUGAGCAUCUACCUCUUUUAGCUGUCAACAGUCAACCGUGUGUAUAUUACAUUGAAACUCCUUUCAAGGAAAGAAAGCUAACGUGGUUCAUAGCUCUGUAAAUGUUUGCUUGUUCAAGUCAUCUCAUCAUUGAUACUGUUCAAAUUCAUAAUCAUCCAAAUUCCAUUUGAUCUUGUCCUUUGGAUGGACGAAAAAUUUUAAACUGUGAUUUUGCUGGUUUACAAAUUCCUGUGCUGGUUGAGGAUAUACUGCCAAGCAAAAUUAAUGAUUUUCCAUAAAAAUACACCAAGAGUGUGCGAAUCAGAUCUUUCAAUUUCCAAUAUUUAAUCAACAAAACAAUACUAAUGUGAACAGCUUGGUAACUUUGCUACCAUCGCUCACAUAUGAUCAGAAGUAUAUUGAUUUAUUAUUGCCCACUAAGCAAAUGUCAUGAUCAAAAUCUAGGAAUUUUGUUGUUUAAUUUAUGGCAUAACUGAAUUUUAAUUUAUUACUUUGUUUCGAUUUUGUACUCUAUAACAGCAAUGCGCAAUUUUUAAUUACUUCUUUUGGAAUUUGUAAGAUUAUCAGAACCUACAUGUACUAUAAAUAUUCUUAUAUGUUUAAUUCAGAGGGGGAAGUAGUAUAAAUCUUGAGAAGAGAAAAUUAUUUGAAGUAUAGGAUAUAUGAAAGAGGAAGUAUAACAUGAAGCUGAUGUUUGAGAUUAUUGAUUGCAUGUGAUUUUUAAGACAGGAAAGCUGAGCAAUGUUUGUAUUGAAACAGAGUGAAACAUCACCCCCAUAAACAUGACAAAGGCGUCAACUGCAAACAAAUAAUCAAAUUUUAUGCGAUAAACACAAAGACUACUAUCUGUUAUCGUGUAAUGUUGUAAGUUGACACACCUGCUUUCUCUGCCCAACUUCUGAAAACAUUAUUUUUCACUUUCUAAGAAUUUGAUUGCUCAACCGCAUUUUGUGACGAGAUGACGGGGGAAAAAAUGAUGUAUCUCUGCCAUACCGUGUCUAAAUAAGCAUAUGUGUGCUAAGCGGUACUAGUCUUUUUUUUGUUUACCAGUAAUUUUCUUCAUCUGCAUGUACAGAGUUGCAUAAUGAUUCAGGAAAUUGCAUGGGUACAUGAUUCCAUAGAAGGGCAAAUGAUAUAAAUAUAUAUAUAAGUGAUGACAACUUGAUAACCAAAGUUUGGAGAUUGAUCAAUCGUUUCUAUAGGCAUUAUGAUUAUUAACCAGUCUGUUUUGAAAUUAUAGAGGCCAAGUGAAACUGUUGAAUUUGGUUAUUAUUAAACACGUACAUUCUUCGUCUUUUGUUAUACUAC